AUGCCACAAGCUCCGGCAAAGACACCGAGACUCAUGGAGCCGGCAAUGAGCAUGUGGAUUCUACAUAGCAUCCGCCUCGUGAACGAGGCAUACCGGAAGCCAACAACGAUGGGCCAGGAGCCUGUGCAUAUCGAGAUAGGGCGCCGGUCAAUAUCGCACUUGCACUCCAGGUGGCAAUCUCAGUGAUGGGAGAAUUGCUUCCAAGCGAACGAACAGAUGAAAAGGUAAUAGAAUAAUGGCGCUACAUAGAAAGAAGUCAGGACUCUGUAUGGCGAUUUUGUCUCGGCAAUUGGAUCUGAUUCGGAGCAGCAAGAGGGGGAGAGAUGUCUUGGAGAGGCCAGUUCCCACGGCGGGUAUUGUCUGUCCGAUGGCAGAGUAUGGAAUGACUUUGGGUAUGGCUUCAACAUCAUCUACCUUGCCUUUAAGAGUAAGGAUAUCUAUCAUGCUACGACCGAACCCGUGAAAAGAGGCAACUGUCAGCAACGCAUCGUAGGUACGGAGGCAGGAGUAGGUCUGUUUAAGUUCUCGCAACGAACCAAGAACAUCUAA